ACUGGUGAAACAUGAACAGGCUGCUUAUAUAAAUAAAACACCUUAGAGGAUUAUAAUAGCUUUUACAGGGAACGUUUGCUCUGUGUUUGAAAGUUGAACAUGGCUGCAGAAUUCUCGUGUUGUAAAACACCACCAAGAUAUCUAGAAUCAGAGAAAACGUUUCAUUCGCCCGAGCUGAGAAUUGUGCUGCUGGGCGCUUCUGGUGUCGGAAAGAGUGCAAUAGGAAAUGUAAUACUGGGCAGAAAGGCUUUUAAAGAGAAACAAACCAGAGUGAGUGAGAUACAAAGAGGAAGAGUAGAGGACAGACUCGUCUCAGUCAUCGACACUCCAGGAUUCUUCACAACUGAACUGAGUGAUGAAGAGCUGCAGAGUGAAAUAAGAAGGAGUGCUUUUCUCUGUCUCCCUGGUCCUCAUGUGUUCCUGCUGAUGAUCAACCUGAAAAACGCGGAUAAGGAUGAGAGGAACCUUGUGAACCAAAUUCAGGACAACUUUGGACCACAAGCUUUUAAGUUCACCCUGGUUCUCUUCAUAGGAAGAGAACAAAUGUCCAACAAAGAAUGGAUGGUCUUUAUGCUGAAUAAAACAUUUCAGGAGCUAGUCAGACACUGCAGAGAUAAAUAUCACGCAAUCAACAGCAUAACCGAAAUUAACCCAACACACAUCACAAAGCUUCUACAGAAGAUUGAAGAAAUGUUCAAACAGAACGACGGCCAGCAUUACAACACUGACAUUUGCUUAAAGUCUCCAACCAAGAUUAAAAAGGCAAAGCAAAAGCCCGAACCAAAAAAGGAGGAGUCGGAAAAACACAGAGAAAGAGACAAAAAAAGAGAAACUAAAACCAUGUGGAAGACAUUUAAAAGUGUAAUACAGGAAAACAUAACACGUACUGUGAUCAAACCUGAUAAAGAAACUCUUAUUUCUCGUGUGAGAGAAACUGAUGAAGACUGGGUUUUCCAAGAAGGCAUGAACGUGAGCGGUAGCGGAUCAUUGGUGAGAUCACUGGAAUUCUCAUACAAACAAAUGGCUGAAGUACAUGAGAUCCAGGAACUCACAGAAACCUGGAAAAUAGGCAGAACUGGAAAAUGGGACAAGAGAAACGCCCAAGCAGAUGUCAGAAUUGUGAUGGUGGGGAAAACUGGAGCUGGAAAGAGCGCAACAGGAAACACCAUUCUGGGAGAAAAAGUUUUUAAAGAAGAAAUGUGUGCUGAAUCUGUGACUAGAAAAUGCCAACAAUAUCAGCAGACGGUAGAAGGUAGGAUUAUCUCAGUGAUUGACACUCCAGGGGUGUGUGACACAUCCAUGAGAGAACAAGACCUGAAGGAUGAAAUAGCCAGGUGUGUAGAAAUGUCUCUUCCCGGUCCUCAUGCUUUUCUACUGGUCAUCAGACUGGAUGUGAGAUUGACGGAGGAGGAGAAGAACACAGUGAAAUGGAUUCAGGAGAACUUUGGAGAAGAUGCUUUAAAUCACACCAUCGUACUUUUCACUAGAGGAGAUCUGUUGAAAAAAUCUAUUGAAGCAUUUCUGACAGAAAACAAGCAGAUAAAUGAGCUAAUCGAACAAUUUAAAGCUGGUUAUCAGGUUUUCAAUAACUCAGAUGAAAAUCCAGCGCAGGUUAUUGAGCUUUUACAGAAGAUAGACGCAAUGAUGAAGGGCAAUGGAAGAGAGCAUUACACAAAUCGGAUGUACGAGGAAGCUCAGAGGAAAAUCCGAAAAGAAGAAGAGAAGCAGAGAGAGGAGGACGAAAGAUUAAAGCAAGACGAGGAGCUCAAGAUAAGGAAGGAUGAACAGAAGAAACUUGUAAAGACUACAAAAAUGGGAGCCUUGGUGGGAGCGGGUGUAGGAGGAGUGAUUGGAGGUGUAGCGCUGGCUGCGUUUACUGGGAUAGCAGUACCUGCAGCUUUAAUCACAGGAGGUGCAACUCUAGCUGGAGGAGCUGGUGCACAGCUUCUCACGGAAACAAUUAACAGGAAGAGUGGCAAAAAAGCAGCGAAUAGUAAAACAGGUAAAGCCCCUAAUCAUUGAAUGAUUUCAAGGGGUUUAAAACAGGGGUGUUAUAGUAUCACGCAGAAGGUAAAGCAGUGUAAAUAGUGUAUUUAUGCCUCCUCUGACAGUUCAUGCUUUGUGAAUUCAGAUCAUGACAAUCAUUAGGUUAAUGCUAACUAAUGCUACGGAAUGUAUUGAACACAGAAAUAAAGGUGCAUUUUUGUACCUAUUAAGUACAAAAAUGUACACAUUAAGUACUAAUAUGUACCUUUAACGUACCAAAAUGGACAUGUAAACCUGUACCUUUUGAAAAGGUACGUCGCCAGUGACAGCUUUUGAACCUUUAUUUCUGAGAGCGUACCAGCGUGUGCUACAGACACUAUGAUUGUGGUUAUGGAUUAGGUUACGGGUUAGUGUUGUGUUAGCAAACAGCGCUUUGAUUGACGAGACCACUGAAAUCAUUAGAAAUGUGUAAAAAAUUUUGACAAUGUUUGUAUCCUUCUGACUUAUAUGCAUGCAAUUGUUUGGAUCAUCCAACAUGUUUAAAAUGGUUUAAUUUUUGCUGCUUAUUUUUAUUAUUUGCUCUUGCAUUAAAACUGCAUAUCCUGUUGCAUUCCAGUGCCAGAGACUAGUAUCAGGGUCUUUGAAAAAUCAGAGGAAAGGUAAAACAUUUACUCACCCUUGUUUAUUCUUCUCUGUAAAAAAACCCAUAUGUCUGCCCUCCGAAAAUAUUGUUACAUCGUAAGAUUAUUAAAAAAAAAAAAAAAAUCACAUUACUUAAUUUGCAUAACAUAUUGACUUCACGGUUUACUUUAAUGUCACACAAUUCAGCUUUUCUUUAUCAUAUAUUUUACUAGAUAUCUAAUUAACAUACAUUAAAUAUGUGCACGCAAUUUUUUUUAUUAGUAAGAUUUUUAAAUAAGGUAAUUAAUAAAUGAGAUAACAGCACACUUUUCCAUUUAUAAGAAUGGCAUUUAUAUCAUCGCACUGAAUGAAUGAUAGCACAGCUAUAGCAUUAAAAUAACGGCUCGGUAUUACGGGUUGUUCACAAUGGCUUGUUUCAAGUUUGUUAUU